UGCUUUACUUCUUCGACUACUGAAAUGCCAUUGUGUUUUGUAGGUUGGACAGGACAUGGAAGUAGAAGCUCAAGCACAAAUCAGUGUGAUGUCGGGGGAUUUCAACAAUAUAUAUCGCCAAAUUGUAAUUGCUGCCGAGCACCCUCAUUUAAGCAUUCCAAAAACCGAAGAUGGAAAAACUCGCAAGCAAUACCACCCAUUCUUAGAUCGAUCUCUUAUGUUAUUUUCAGUUGGAAUUGGAGCAGCCGUGGCCUUUGGGAUGGGUGUUGCAAGGAAGAAUGCAGCUGAUAAAAAGACAAAGGGUUUGUGAUUUUACUAUCAAUAUAUUUAGUGGUUGUAUAUAAUAUGUAUGGAGUUUGGAAUGACAUUAUAGUUGGGAUUUCUUUGUGAAACCUUUGGAUUUUUCAUUUUGGUUUCCCAAUGGUAAUGUCAUUGUAAUUUAUACAGAAAACAAACUACCAACAAACCGAAAGGAAAAUGAGAAGGUGUAUAGCUGU